CAAUUUACCAGGAAGAUAGUGGCUGUUGGAGACCUCCAUGGCGAUUUACCUAAUGCGCAACAAGUCCUACAAAUGGCGCGCGUCGUGGACGAGGAUGGGAACUGGUCUGGAGAAGUCGACUUCUUCGUACAGACCGGAGACAUCAUCGACAGAGGUGAUGACACCAUCAAGCUCUACGCCUGGAUGGAUCAGCUUCGUGAACAGGCUCAAGCCGUGGGCGGAACGGUGCUGUCCCACUUAGGCAACCAUGAGUGGAUGAACGCCAUCGGCGACUGGAGAUAUGUCCAUCCCUCCGAGGUCAAGACCUUCAGCUCCGUCCCCGCUCGCCAGAAGAUGCUCUCCACCGGGAAGAUCGGCCGCGCCUGGGCCGCGAACUACACCACCACCUCCCGCCUCCCCCUGCACCCCUCCCUCGGACCCCCAAACACGGACUACGAUCCAUCUCUGAUGGGCUCUUCCCUCUCUCAUGCCGCCAUCUCGUUCGUCCACGGCGGGCUUGCGCCUACCUAUCCUGACCUGACGCCCUUCCCGUCGCGCAUCAACGCGCUCUCGACGUCCCUCCUGCGCAAGCUGCAGCACCGCGUGCAGCCCCCGCCGCACCCUCCCAACCCUUACCCCGGUCUCCCGCACGACGCCACCCAGGCGGAGCACCGCCUGUAUGGCUCGGACGGACCGCUGUGGUACCGGGGAUGGGCGCUGGACCCCGAACAGAAGGUUUGCAAGGAGGUCGACGCGGUCUUGCAGAAGACCGGGACCAGGCGGAUGGUCAUGGGCCAUACGCCUGACUUCCAGAAAAUCGUCUCGAGGUGCGGAGGCAAGGUCAUCAUCAUCGACACCGGCAUCUCUCAUGCUUAUGGCGGCGCGCUCUCCGCGCUGUCGGUCACGUACACGUUGACGCCCUCGAAGGGCGUCGAUGGUGAGAAGAAAUGGCACGAGAAGGAGAUCGUGAAGGCGUUGUACGUGGAUCACGAGGUGCUUCUGGCAGACGAUGAGAGGGAGGUCGUUGGAGAU